CUUAAAACAUCUCCGAAAACCUCCAGUUAGACCGCCCAAAUCACCAUGGCCGCCCACACAGAUGUACUCUCAGGCUCACAGUACCCAUAUGUAGAUCGUCAUGGUCAAUCACAUCCAUAUGCUCGGAACGCGCCCAUAAACGGUAACCCCUCAAAUGACUGGAAUUCUGGAAACCUCGACUCAUACAACUCGUCCUAUUCACCUUACUCCAUAAAGCCCUCCUUCCAAACACAACGACAUCAUGACCAGCCGCUGGACUCGACCAACUUCGGUGGAUGGUCUCAUCCCAUGGGAGAUCAAACACAAACCCACUCGAUGUUGGCGGAAUCUUACGCGCGAGGAUACCCACAACAUUAUACUCACGAUCGCUAUCCUGCUCGCUACCCAAGAGGAGAUUCGUAUGAGUGUGCUCCCGACCAACAUCUACUUUUCGCGAACGACGUUAACUCUCCACAACAGCUUUUACCAAAAUCGUCGUCCAGCUCCUGGGUCCAGAAUAAUUCUUCUUGUUCCAUCUCUCCCCAACAACGCAGCCAUCUCUCACGCUCACAUUCAACGCAUUGGUUUGCUGCAGAUCAGUCCCCUGGUUCGGCUCAAUGGAAUGACAUACUACCCCCCACUAUUGAUCUCUACGAAACGAAGCCUGGUAUCCAGAGUAACGCCCUCGAGGGAUGCUCACCUCUCUCUUCAAUUUCGUCCCCUUCGCCUUCCCCCUCCCCCGUACAACUACCGUCCACUUCUGCUUUCUCAAAACAGAUGAUAUCGCGACAAUCGAGCUCUGAUGGAAAACCAUCCACAAAGAUAUGUUCACACUGUCGCGCGACUUCGACACCUCUAUGGCGUCGGGAUCCGAAUACUCAGCAGCCGUUGUGUAACGCGUGCGGUCUAUACCUCCAACAAAGAAACAAGCUUCGACCGCAAGAGCUUAUUGACGCCGAUAUUGAUGAUAAUAGCUCCGAUGCUUCAGCGGGCGACGGUACAGGUCCGGAAUGUAGCCAUUGUCAUACGCAUAACACUUCGGUUUGGAGACGGAGCAAGACAGGUGAACAGCUUUGUAACGCGUGUGGGGUUUACUCCCGUCUAAGGGGGAAGGAUAGGCCUCUUUCCCUGAAGAGGAACAAGAUCAAACCUCGUACUAAGCAUGCACCGGUCCCGAAGCAGUCAUAAUCGGUAGUUCUUUUUCUCCUCUUCAGGGAUGAAAGGGUUUUUGGAGUUAUAUAUUGUAUACCUUGACAGAAAACUGUAGAAUAACGAAUACCUGCAUUAAUGAUGCCCAAGAAUCUCAAUGUAUCACUGUUACUUAUUGUAUUAAAUUACAGUAACCUGCUUUACCACC